AUGAAUGUGAAAGAAGAAAAAGAUAUGUGCAUUAAAAAUAUAGAUAAAUGUGAAGGAAGAAGAAGAUAUUUAGAAGAAAAUGCUGAAGAAAAUGAUAUUGAAAGUAAUAAUUCAAUUGGUAAAGUGGAUGAUCGAGAAUUGGAUGACUUGGAAGCUAAAAUUGACUAUGAAGAAGUAAAUAAUGCUAGAAUUGAAAGAGUAGAUGAGGUUGUAAAUUGUUGCCAAAAUAGAGCAAUUGAUAUGCUAGAAGCACAAUUGAAUGUAGUUUUAGGAAAAGAAGAAAUAGUAGAAUAUUUAUUGAAAGUGUUAAGUGAUGAUGGCUUUAAUUAA